AUGUUCAAGUAUAUAUGGGAAAACGAUGUAAAUGAUCAUUAUUUUAAACCUCCUCCAUUUGAUGAAGAGAAUGCGAUUAAGAAUCUCUACAAAAAUCAAGUUCUGAAAGGCCAUGAAGGUUGUGUCAAUACAUUAAAAUGGAAUAAGUCCGGAACGCUUCUUGCAUCUGGAUCGGACGACAGGCACAUAAUUAUUUGGAGAGGAACUGGCGAACAGGUGCACAAUAUACGAACAAAUCACAUGGGCAAUAUUUUUGCCGUAGACUUUAUGCCACAGAGACCGCAGCUGCUUGUAUCUGGAGCUGCAGAUCACACGAUUCUCACAAAUCAUAUACUAUAUGGAAAUGAAGGAUUCUGGCAGACGGAUGGACGGGUUAAGCGAAUUAUCACAUUGGAAGAAGACCCGUUUUUGCUCUGGGCAGCCGUUGAAGACGGAACUGUGAAACGAGUCGAUAUUAGAAGUAACGAAAUGUCGACAUUCAUCACUGUUGAGGACAAGGACUAUGCUGUCAAGACAAUCGCCAACACCGAAAUACUUCCAUAUCUUAUCGCCGUGGGAUUCGAUGUAGCCGAGACGCACAUAUACGACAGAAGAAAUACAACGAAACCGGCCAUUAUUCUAAGACCAAGUGAUCCAUCGAUUCAAUACGCGCACUCGACUCACGUGACAUUUAACAGUGCUGGAACGCAUGUAUUGGUGAACCUCGGAGGUGUUGGAGCUUACCUUUACGAUUUGAAAGAGGGCAAUGAACCUAAUAUACUAAAUUCGAUUUAUGAUCUUAUAAAGACGCCUGAGGUUCAAGAUCCUAUUAUUCGUCAUACCGAAUUGGAGCAUCAGGAUAUUCGCAAUAAAGGAAACAACUUGAUUCGUGCAAAGAAAUUCUCAGAGGCAAUUGAUUACUAUAGUAGAUUAAUGGAACAAAAAUUCAAAGAUAAUGCGUUGAAUAGUGUAAUGGCCUCGAAUCGAGCGUUAGGAUUUCUUUUGAGACGUCAAAAAGGAGAUUCAUAUUCAUGUGUGCGCGAUUCUAUUAAGGCAUUGGAAUUGCAUAAUGGAAACGCGAAAGCAUUAUAUCGAUUGGCAAAUGGAUUGAUUUGUGUUGAUCAAUUCUCACUAGCUGGAAAAGUUUGCGAUGAAUUUCGACGACGUUUUCCGAAUGACAAAUCGAUUGAGAAGCUUGAGAGUCAGGUUACGGAUAUGAAUCGAAAAGGACAUAGCCGUUCAAUGGAAAUUGGAAAUGAUGAGAUCGAUUAUAUCUCUCGCUAUCAUGCCCAUUUGAAUGAUCAAACUGAUAUAAAGGAGGCAAACUUUUUCGGAACUGACGACAGAUUUAUUGUUGCCGGCUCGGAUUGCGGAACAAUGUUCGUCUACGAUACUAAAUCAACCGCAUUGAUUGGGGCAUGGCAAGCUGAUGAGAAUAUUCUCAAUAUUCUACAGCCGCAUCCAUCCAUGUUCAUGUUGGCCACUUCUGGAAUUGACUAUGACAUCAAGCUAUGGGAGCCGAGAUUUGAAAAAACCGAGGAGGAGACCCAGAAUGAUUCGAAAAUGCCGGAUCCGUAUGAGUUUAUGGAAAGAAGACAAAGGAAUGGGCUCGAGUUCACAUUCAUGAGCCGUCGCGUGUUGCGUGCUCAACCCGAAUGCGUUACUUCUUAA